AUGGCCUCAGGAAAGACCCCAAAACCAGACCUGCUGAAGGCUGAGGAGCAGCAGCAAGCGAGCGCUGUCAAUCGAGUGACCAGCUUGCCCUUGCUCAACUCUGCCUUCAACCUGGUCUCCUCUGCCUACAACUACACCAAGGAGUCCCACCCUUGCCUCAGUGGCGUCUGCAACGUGGCUGAGACGGUGGCAGCCGUGGCAGUGGGCAGUGUGGUUGGAGGGGCACAGCCCAUCCUGAACCAGCUGGAGCCACAGAUUGCACUUGUGAAUGACUAUGCCUGUAAAGGACUGGAUCAGCUGGAGGAGACCUUGCCCUUCCUUCAGCAGCCAGCAGACAAGGUGCUGUCGGACACCAAGCAGCUGGUUUCCACCAAGGUGACAUCUGCCAUGGACGCCGCCUGCGAGGCCAGAGGAGCCGUGGCUGAGAAGGUCACUGAAGCUGUGGACCUCACCAAAAGUGUGGUUGGGGACAGCGUCAAGCUGACCAGGUCAGUGGUCACCUCCACUGUCAACAGCGCUGUGGAGGCUGCCCAGGGAGCCAAGGAGCUGGUGACCAGCAAGGUGACAGAGGCCGUGGAUGUCACCAAGCACAUGGUGGAGGACAGUGUGGACAAGACCAAGUCUGCUGUUGCUUCCACCAUUGUCAACGCUGUGGAGGCUGCCCAGGGAGCCAAGGAGCUGGUGACCAGCAAGGUGACAGAGGCCGUGGAGGACACUAAAUCUGCAGUUGCUUCCACCAUCAGUGGAGCCAAGGAGCUGGUGACCAGCAAGGUGACAGAGGCUGUGGAUGUCACCAAGCACAUGGUGGAGGACAGCGUGGACAGGACCAAGUCUGCUGUUGCUUCCACCAUCAGUGCAGCUGUAGGGGCUGCCCAAGGUGCCAAGGACCUGGUGACCAACAAGGUGACUGAGGCAGUGGACCUGACCAAAGGGGCUGUCCAAGACAGUGUUGAGAAGACCAAAUCCGUGGUCACCUCCACGGCCAAGGCGGUGAGCCAGGCAGUGGCUGGGGGUGUGGAAUCUGUCCUGGAGAUGUCAGAAGAUCUGGUGGAUCACUUCCUCCCGAUGACAGAGGAGGAACUAGGUAAAUUGGCCACCGCCGUGGAGGGCUCUGGGAUGGUGUCCGUGGAGGAGCAGAAGGAGCAGCGCAGUUACUUUGUGCGCCUGGGCUCCCUGUCCAGCAGAGCCCGGCUCAGAGCCUACCAGCACUCCCUGCACAAGCUGCAGUGCAUCCGCCAGAGCACCCAGGACACCCUGUCACGGCUGCAGAUGGCAAUCAAACUGAUUGAGUCUGUGAAGGAGAGCUUUGGCCAGAAGCUGCUGGAAGGGCAGGAGAAGCUCCAUCAGCUGUGGGUGAACUGGUGCCUGACCCAACCCAAAGGAAACCAAGUUCAAACUGCCUGCCAGCCAGAGCAGGUAGAGUCCCGCACUCUAACUAUGCUGAGGAUCAUCACCCAGCAGCUACAGCCUGUCUAUGAGAACCUGAAAACCAGCAUCCAAGGCCUCCCCAGCAACAUCCAAGAGGCUGUGUAUCAGGCCACUCGAAAUAUCCACAAGCUCCAUAGCUCUUUUUCCAAUGCCAUGUCCUUCCAGGACCUCUCCAGCAUCACCCUGAUGCAGAGCCAGGACUGUGUGACAGAAGCCCGGAGGUCCCUCGAUGUCCUGUUUGAGUAUGUCACUCACAACAUCCCCCUGAACUGGCUCGUGGGGCCCUUCAGGGCCAUAGCUGAGGUGGCUCAGGGCAGCAGAAAGCAGAAGAAGAGAGAGAUGGUGACUGAUAGGAAGUUACCCGUGUUGGAAAAGGCUCCAUCAUCACAGGAGGCGACUGAGACACCCAGAGAGCUCAAGGGAACCAACAGGAUCCCAGGGGAAACGUGGUAUGAAGUGCUGGAUAAGCUGAAGGAGGAGGCCCUGGAGGAGCUGUCCCCUGUCCCGGUUCCCCCGGUCCCGCCCCGCUCCGCCCCGGCCGUGCCCAUCGCCCCGCGCCGCUUCCGCCUGCCCCGGGCACCGGCACUGGCCGCAGGUUCCCCAGGACAGAGAUAA